UCUCUCCAGCUGCCUCCCUCAUAACAACACCGGUGAAAGAUGGCCGCCGCGACGAUGCAGGGGCUCAGUGCUCACAGAAUGGAGGAAAAGAAGUUAGAGUACUUCUCUUCCAUCAACUCCAUGGCGCGGAAGAUCAUGCAGGAGCGGGAGAAAAUCAAAGCCAAGCACGGGUCGUCCUGGGAUAAAAUGACACCGCAGGAACGGGACAACGCCAUCGAUAACUGGAUGAUGGACCCUCAGAUCCGAGCCCGCUAUGCUAUGCACCGAGUGGAGCGCGAGGAGGUGGUUUGCUACCCCAAACUGCUCGUUCAGACCGGCCAGAAGAUAGUCCACUUCGGUGAAGAGGACAUUACGUGGCAGGAUGAGCAUUCUGCUCCAUUUUCAUGGGAAACAAAGAGUCAGAUGGAGUUCAGCCUGAGCUCAGGUGGUGAAGAUCAGAGCCCUCCUGUCUCACAGGCAGAAUCAAAGCCGGCGAAGGCUCCUCAACCCAGUCAGACGAGCAAAACCACUCCCGCACCCAAGGUGUCUGCCAGCGAGCCCCGAAAACCCGAAGAGGAGUCCUCCUUCUGGAAGAUCAGUUCUGAGAGGUCCAAGCUGGAGAGUGAACAAACCAGAUUUCAGUCCCUGACUCCAAGCCAGAUCAAAUCCAUGGAGAAAGGAGAGAAGCCCCUCCCCUCUUACCUCAGACAGGAAAACUCCAAGGAAGCAGAACCAGCAGAACAUCCGCCUCCUGCUCCUGCCAAAUCCACUAAACAGAGAGCCCCCAAGCCUCCUGCUCCCCAGCCGCCUGUGCCCCCCUCCUCCACCGUCAGCGCCACACCGGCCUCCAUCUCCAUUGCGCCCAGCCCCGCCCCACCCACCAGCACCUCCACCGGAGGCUGGGAGAGAUCCCAGAGCACCCUGCCGUUGGUCGGCAACAGCCUGGAUGAGAUGUUCUCCUCCAGCAUGAUGUCUAAACCGUCCGGUGACCCCGCCUCAGUGGAGAAGGACGACAAAGCUUCUACCAACUUGGAUAUGAGCCCGACAUUCUCCCAGUUCAACACCAGCAGCAGCAUCCUGAAGACCGGCUUCGACUUCUUGGACAACUGGUAAAGCUGAACCGUGAGCUGCCCCCCACUCCCCCACCGAGUCUUCAUCAGCCACUUCCCAGAAGGACCGCUCCCAUGACAACACCUCCACAUUCUUUUCUCAGCUUCAGCUGCUUUAAGGGACCCAUUUGUUUCUUCCUCUAUUGUGUUUGAUCUUCGGUGGAUUCCAAACCUCUUACCUCGACCCUCAUUGAUGUUCUUACUGGUUUAUAUGAAGCCACAUUGAUGUUCAUGUAAAUGCUCGUCACCUGUAGAGCUUUGUGUUUUUGUCAUGUGAUACCGACACUAAAACAUCCACGUCACUUUAUUUGAGUAAUUUAAACAUAUUUAUUCCCGUUUCUGAUCUUUCUCGUUCCUGCAGGUUGUAGAAAAUCUCACAAAAAAGAGGAAAUGACGUAUUUUACUGUCGGAUUUCAAAUUUGGAUGGGCUGAUCUCUGGAGUUAAACUGUAGCUGGUGUGGGUUGCUAUGGUAACCUCUUCCAACGGUACGGAUCUGACGAAUGGGCUGCGCAGGUUUGCAGGGAUACAUUUUUGCUUGUAGAAAUAAAUUUGAUGCAAGACUAUAGAGCUAUUUUCCAGAUGUUUAUAUUUAUCUGCUGAUUGUAUCUUCUACACAGUCGCGUGUGUGUCCUGUGUUUUGAAGCAACACAUUGAAGUAGGUCAAAUAAAUGAAGUGUCAAACACG